AUGAUAGGAGUUACAGCUGUUCCUACAUCUAUGGUAAGUGUUCCAAAAUUAACUGUCUCAGAUGGUAGUCCUCAUUUCACUGAUGUUCCUCUAUAUCAAAGUACAGUAGGGAUGCUCCAGUAUUUGUGCAUCACUCGACCAGAAUUAUCCUUUUGUGUUAACAAGUUGAGCCAGUAUAUGAAUUGUCCAAGUGAGACUCAUUGGAGAGCAGUUAAACGUGUGUUAAGAUAUCUUAUUGGGACUAUUGACCAUGGUUUGUUUUUCACCAAAGGGAAUGUUGAGGUUGUUGGGUAUUCAGAUGCUGACUGGGCCUCGUCUGUUGAAGAUCGACGUUCCACCACAGGCUUCAUGUUGCCUAUAUAUGGUGGCAGAAGUUCAUCUCAAAAGCUAUUCUUGAUGUAUUCUUUCUCUUGA